AUGCUUUAUGUUCUUCACGAGAUUCAUAAUGUCUUAGAGAAAAGGGGCCAAGUUGACACUAUCUAUCUUGAUUUCGCGAAAGCUUUCGACAAAGUCAGCCAUGAUCUCUUACUUGUGAAGCUUCACAAUUUUGGCAUCAGAGGAAAGCUUCUUCGCUGGUUUGGGGACUAUCUUUCUGGGCGAUUACAGAGAGUCACUGUUCUUGGUGUAACAUCUGAACCACUUCCAGUGCUUUCUGGAGUUCCUCAGGGAUCAAUCCUUGGACCACUCCUUUUCCUCAUCUACGUGAACGACCUUCCUAUGUCUACCUCGCACGAUACUACCGUGUCAAUGUUCGCUGAUGACACAAAAUGUCACCGUCAUCUUCGAAAUUUCCAAGACACCAUAAUUCUGCAGCAAGAUCUGGAUAGUGUUGCCAACUGGUGUAGUGACUGGAGGAUGGACUUAAACCAAACCAAGUGUGUAGUCAUGCAUUUCUCAAGAAUUGCUCAACCGAUGAUCACACAGUACACAAUAUCAGACACUCCAGUCCUACAAUCAUCCAGUCAGAAAGAUCUUGGCAUAACUACCACUAACGACUUUAAAUGGAACAAACAGGUGCAAGAGAUAUCGACCAAAGCAAAUAAAAUGUUAGGUUUCGUAAAGCGAACAGCGUUCGACAUUCGCCAGCGUAGAGUUCGUAAGGUACUUUAUUUGACUACGGUUCGUAGUCAGCUGGCUUAUGGUAGUCAGGUAUGGGCACCCCAGACGGUAAACAACAUCUUGACCGUUGAACGUGUGCAGCGACGUGCCACCAAAUUUCUUUUGUCAUUGCCGUACCAAACCGAUAUAUCAUAACAGGAAAGACUGACCACCAUCGGCAUCAUCCCUAUAUGUUACUGGCACGAGUAUUUAGAUCUAGUGUAUCUCUACAAGUGCAUCAUUUCCAACUCUGACAGUAACAUUUCUAUCAAGAUUCUUACUCGAGAAACACGAAGUGCUAAUGCAACCAAUGGUAUCUUACUUGAAGUAGCCAAGUGCAAGACAGUGAACUACCAAAACAGCUUCUACGUCAGAGUUGCCAACGUGUGGAAUACACUCCCCUGUUUGAUCAGAGAAUUACCCACAUCUCUGUGUGGUAAUUCCAGCCAUGUAAUCUAUUGUGUGUAAUAGUUUGUGUUAACUAAUUUUGUGUAAUAGUUUGUGUUAAAUGGCAAAAUCUGUAAAAUAAAAUAAAAAUAAUUUCACCUUAAAUUGAAGCUUAUAUUACGUAUAAUAACAUACCUAAAAUAUAUAUGUUGGGAAAUUGAUAAUUUUGUAAUUAAAAGUGAUAUUUUUAGUCGAUUUUUCAUUUGUAAGAAUAUUCUUAAAAAAUUGUCGUGUUACCAUGACAACUACUUUAGAUACUUCAUGUUCGGAAAAUACAAGGGUUUUGUCAGCAAGGCGAGGGUUUCUGCAUGCAUGCAUUUUCUAGUAUAAUGGACUUUAUGAUAGCGUUAUUGAGAAAUGAAUAAUUAAAAGUCCCUUGGGAGUUUUAGACAUCGUCCUCACUCUGUUUACAACAGCACACUAAUGAUUUUUAUACGUCUUGUAUACAACUCGCGAGUAGCCGUACUCGGUAAACUGGCUUAGUAGAAGUUUUUUCUUAAAUAUGAACCUCCUACAUUCUAACGGUCCCUGUUCCUAAUCAGAAGCGCCGUCUUUAUCGAUCGGGUUUUGACUCCGUCCAUUAUUAUUGUUACUUGCACGUUUGUCUCUAUAGUUGCUUUUGGUGAGGCGACUCAGUCUUAUUCGUACUUGCGCGUUGUAGCGUUUGGUUGCUUUUGGUGCGGUAACUCAGUAUUCUUCCUUGGUUUCUUGCAUAUUGAAGAGUAUAUGCAUGGUUGCUUUUGGUGAGGCCCAUCAGUAUUGUUCUUAUUUAUACGUUGGGCCGUGCAUGGUUUAAUAGUUGUUUUUGGUGAAGCAUGAAUGCAUUUGCAGUCGCGUGCUUUGGGUGAAAGUGUUUGUUUUUGAUUAGGCAAGGCUAUCUUUGUGCUUGUUUUCAUGGGUGCAGUAACGUGUAAGAUCAGUCUUUGGUGAGGUACGAUUUAAUUUUGUCAUUAGAUACAAACGCUCACUUUGCGUGAAGCAAAGUGUACGAUAUUCCUUUGGUGGGGCAAGCUUUCAUUUGGUCAUUCGAAACAAAAGCUCGCUUUGGGUGAAGUGCACGAUAUGCUUUGAUGGGGCAAAAUAUCUCAUUUUGGGUAAGGCAACGUGGAAAUGUGCUUUGGGUGCCAGGCAUGCGACAUUCCAUUUAUAACUUAAGAUAUUUAUCGUGCGUGUUAAGACGCUUUUGGUGAUGUAACGUGCAUGUUUUUCUGUGUGAGAGAGAGAGAGAGAGAGAGAGAGAGAGAGAGAGAGAGAGAGAGAGAGAGAGAGAGAGAGAGAGAGAGAGAGAGAGAGAGAGAGAGAGAGAGAGAGAGAGAGAGAGAGAGAGAGAGAGAGAGAGAGAGAGAGAGAAGAUUCUCGCUUUUGAAGUCUGAUCGUCAUGAAGUCUUUGUAAUAUUUUCUGCCUAUGGUGCUGUUUAAGGAGCCGGAGUCCGCCGGGGCUAGAAAUUAUUUAUCAAAUAGUCAAAGGUAUUGUGCGGGGAAAGCGAGCAGUGAGAAUAUAUUACUAUUCUCACUGGGAGUUUUCUCUCACAAUACCAUAUACUUUCAAUAUUUAUGCAUGAGAUGAUCAGUUAGUCAUCCAUAUACACCACGUGAUUGUCAGACAGUAUAAAAGUAGCACAGAAUCGGUAUCUUUUGAGCAUUUGCGGAUUUGCCACCGGAAAGGAAGGACGGCGCUGAAAUUUUUUGGGACCCACCCACCUCCCCUCGGCUGCGACACUUCCGGCCCUAGCUUCGCCGCACUCUACUUUUGGCUGAAAAUUAUUUAUCCCCAAUCUGAAUUCCCUCAGUCAAAGGUAUUGUGCGGGGAAAGCGAGCAGUGAGAAUAUAUUACUAUUUUUUAUUAUUAUUGGUUUAUUUGCCAAAAAAAAGACUGUUAGUUAUUUACAAGAUAGUUAUAUUAAUAAAAUAAAGUCGGCGAGGAGACCUCAAGAAACUUAGAGCUUGUGUAAAGAGGCCACCCCAUCUCAAAAUUCAAAGUUAGUAUUUAAUUUAUGAAUAGUUUCAGGCUGUAUUAAAUUACGAAUAUAAUGAAAUUGAAACAUAUAUUAAUGAAAUUAAGAGAGAAGAUGUACAUAAUUAUAUAAUAGAUUUUCCAGUAAUUUUAUAUAUUGUCACUGAAUAUUCGAUAAACAUGCAUGGUCAUACCAUCAGAGCUAGUUGUAUAACAUCGUUAUUCGUUAAGCAAAAAAUUAUGAAGUUGCGUUUUGAAAGUUAUAACAGUUAUAUUUAUAGGUGAAAAAUUCCAAAUAUUCGGCCCUGAGUAUAAAAUGGUAAACUACUUAAAUUAAUUUAGUAUUUUUGCACAAGUGAACAUAACAAAUCCUACACGUUGAUUGGUCAAAUUUGACGUAAUAAGCUGUUAUAUUCACCUAUAGAUGAAUUAUAACAAAACAGAAAUUUUCAAAAUGGCGGCUAUCCGUUUUGUGGAAGUUCACUGACAAAGAAAUAAGCAAAAUUAAAAUAAAUUCAGUCUCAAAAAACACAAAAGCUUGUGUACAAGUACUAAAUUUCGUCUCGGCGAAUAUUCCCCGAUAAUUACCUCGCCUUAGGCGAAUAAUUGUUAAGUAUUUGAUUAUUUGUUGUAAACAAUUCAUCAAAGCAUGUCGGCAACAUGCAAUGAUGAUAUAAAAACAUAAGCUUGCCAAUAUGAAAUGAAUUUAACUUAAAUAUAUCCAAUAUUUUGAGUUGUUUAAAAAGUGGAUCAGUGUGUGCACGGUAUUUGGAAUUUGUAAGAAUACGUACAACUCGUUUUUGUAAAGAAGAAUUCUACUUAGGUUGGUUACACAAGUGGAAGACCAUACUAUAUUACAAUAAGUAAGAUAGGGAUAUAUAAGUUAUUUAAGUAUGUAGUACAAGGUAAUCUUGUUGCGGAUGACAGUAGAUAUCAUGAUCGGUAAAUAAUUCCAACAGACUUGGCGAUUUUAUUGCAAAUAUAAUUAAUGUGUUCCUUCCAUGACAAAUGUUCGUCUAUAUAUAUAUACUCUUAAAAAAAUUAUAUAUUGUCUUUGUGUGAUCAUUUAAUUGUUUUAUUAUACAUUGUAGUUGGUAAAAGCAAUUUGAUUGGCUAAGAGCUGACAGUUAAAUCGCGCAAUCACGCAAUCUACACAAAAUUCAGUUAUCUGCUAGCAGAUAACUCAGUUAUCUGCUAGCAGAUAACUGAAUUUUGUGUAGGUUGCGUGAAAUUGAAUGAGUGUAUAUUUCAAAUGAGUGUACAUUUCAAUUUUCAAAUGAAUGUACAUUUCAUAAUUGUAAUGUUUACUUUAACAAGUAAAUAUUUUAAUACGUUAACAUCUUAACGAUAAUAUGUUUGUUUUAUAUUUGUAAUUAAUUUAACUGUUGGACUUCCGGAGACUUGUUUAUAGAAACGUUUUACUUGAACAGCUUUGCCAGAAAUCAUAUUGAAUAUAACGCUUACCGAGACCUUGAUAAUUUUGCAUAUCGCAAAAACCGAAUUCAAUAAUUGUUUUAUUAUACAUUUGAAGAAUAAUAAACAUAGUAUUAAAAUACUAUGUUUAUUAUUCUUCAAAUGUAUAAUAAAACAAUUAUUGAAUUCGGUUUUUGCAAUAUGCAAAAUUAUCAAGGUCUCGGUAAGCGUUAUCAGCCUCGCCUUCGGCUCGGCUGAUAACGCUUACCUCGACCUUGAUAAUUCCGCAUAUCACAAAAACCUCAUCCAAUAAUUGUUAAAUAUUGGAUAACUAGAUUUAAAUUAAUUUUCUUUUUGUCUCGGCCGAAAAAUUAUAUAAUUUGUUUUACUGAUGUUCACAGACAAUUUAUUUGACUUCAUCCAGAUAUCCAGCUUCCGAAGUUCACUGUUCAAAACAAACUCAAGCUGCUUGACAUCCGAAUUUGAAUAAUAUAUGCUAGUGUCAUCAGCAAAAAGAUAAGAUUUUGACAGUUCUAGUGCAUUAGGUAGAUCAUUGAUAUAUAAAAUAAAAAAUGGGUCUAAAAUAGAACCUUGCGGAACUCCACAUUUUAACAUGGAGGAACAGGUUUCAUUAUAUUGAACAAAUUGUUCACGAUUGCAGAAAUAGCUCCUUGAUCCAUUGAAGUGCAGCGCCUCUGAUACCAUAAUGUUGUAAUUUACCAAAUAAUAUUUCAUGAUCUAAAGUAUCAAAAGCCUUUGAAAGGUCAAUAAACACUCCAGCAGCUAUUUGUUUCCGAUCAAUGGGCGUGGCAACGUUAUUUAUUAGAGAAACAAGUGAAUGCAUAGUAGAAUGGUUACUGCGAAAACCGAACUGAAAUCUGUACAAAAUUUCACCUCAACCCUCCAUUUCUUCGUCUUUCAGAUUUUGAUAACCCACUUGCAGCCAUGUUUCUUCAGAUUGAAUUCGAAAACAAGUUAUUACUAUAUACUAGCCCGAACUUAUCGUGAUUGGCGCAUGUCAAGAUAUCUCUGCAAUUAGUGAAGAACGAUUUUCAUAUAGGACCUUUUGAAAUUGAAAUCAGGUUUUAGUGUACAGUGAGAAUAUUUCUGAACCAUUUUCAUUUCUAAUUUUAUAUAUUUGGUUUUAUUUCUUUAGAAUUCGACAAUCCGGUAUGGCAGUUAGACUACAAAUUUUCUUCACGAUACCCACCCAGUGGAAGUGAUGACCAAGUUAUAAAUGGCAAGAGAAUAAAGAAUCUAAGUGAUAAUCUUAUCAACCAAUCAAAUGACAGUUUCUUUACUGGCUAUAUUAGUUCACGACAAGUUCGUUAUCAGCCUGAUCUUUAUUCAAGAUUCAACUAUUACUGCGCGGUGACGUAUUAUAGCCAGGCUGGUUAUGAUGCAUGUGACAAGAAGUACCUUGUCCCUGGUGGCUGA